CUUGUGAGAAGAUCAACCUUUCCUGCAAAUCAUCAACUUCAUCAAUCACAUUCACAUCAGUCUUUCUGACCUUCGGAAGAACAUCAGCUCACCCAAAAAUGUCAAUAACGGAAACGCCAUCCACAGCAGGAGCAGAAAAGUCUCAGCGGAGUUUAGACUCACACUUUUCUACUUUGGAUAGCACACCACUGUUCAUGACCCAACUUCCAUCUGACAAUGAAGGACAAAAGGAAGACUCAACGGUAUUGGACGCAUUGCAGAGCUUAACAUUUGACGGCACACCAGAUGAAGUGGCAAGCAAUUUCAAACGGCAAGGAAACGAGUAUUUCGUCGCCAAAAGGUAUACAGAAGCAAGAGGCUUUUACAGUCAAGGUUUGGACGCAUACCCAAAAGAUGUGAAAUUGCAAGAGACACUGUAUGUCAACAGAGCUGCAUGCAACCUUCCACUAGAGAACUAUGGAAUGGUGCUGAAAGAUUGUUCUUCAGCUUUGGGUCUCAACCCUGCAUCUGUAAAGGCAUUCUUUCGUUCAGCAAAAGCGCUAUCGGCUCUCAAGCGGUAUGUAGAAGCAAUCGAUUGUUGUGAUCAUGCACUGUUGCACGAGAAAGAUAACGUCGAGAUCAUCAAGCUAAGAGCGCAGAUCUUGAAGCAGAAAAUUGACGAGGAUAGAAGAGAAAAGGAAACUUCUGAACGUGAAAGACGGUCGAAUGAGAGUAAGACGGCAUUGGCAAAAGCCUUCCUUGCGAGAGGGCUUUGGAUUGAAAACACAUCCAAGCCACCAGAGAACCCUAAUCCGGCACAAUUCGACUCAGACGCAAUCUCAGGCACAGAUUCGUCAUCCACCCUACCUUUGACAAUCACAAACAAGGAAGGCGAGAUAAUAGCAAACACGAAAUGGCAUACACCAGAUGCAAUCAGAACGCCAAUCAUCUUUCCAGUAGUGCUCCUCUACCCUCAAUACCAUCAAUCGGACAUGGUUUCACAGUUCCAUGAAGAUACAACUCUAGGUGCACAUCUCGAUAUGAUGUUCCCACAUCCACCAUCUUUACCUUGGGACACAAAAGGUGAAUAUGUCAGCUCAAAUCUAAGCAUCUUGGCAACCACGCAUUCCAAACGUAUCCUUCGAAUCGGAAAAGGUUUAACGUUGCGAGAGGCUAUGGAUCAUUGUGCUCGAGAUGCCGAUCCUGCUAAAAAGGAAGAAAGGGACGGAAUGGUAUUGCAAGAUGGCAUUUUGUCAUUCAUUGUUAUACCCAAAGGCAGUGAAGCCGAAAAGCGUUGGAUAGAUGAAUUCAAAAAGCAACGUACCGUCAAUCCUUGAGUCAUGAACAGGAGCAACCGCUAACGGACUAUUAGACUGGAAAGCCGUCAGGCACAACGGAAGUGUGCGCACGCGCCCGCAAGCUUCUCUCGUACGUGAAAGUGUGGGGGGACCACCCGGCCGUAUUAAUCUCUUUCGC